AUGUCUUCUACGACACAAACGGCAGCUUCGCCAAUCGUUGUUAAUACAUGGCCAUUUAUAAAUGCGACACGAAAUGCUUUUGCUACAUUGUUAACACCCGGCGCAACCUGUUUAGAUGCUGUUGAAGUCGGCUGUCGAACAUGUGAAGAUGAACAAUGUGAUGGUAGUGUAGGAUGGGGGAGUCAUCCGGAUGAAAAUGGAGAAACUACUUUGGAUGCUCUUAUUAUGGAUGGGAGUACGAUGAGUGUUGGUGCUGUUGCAAAUUUACAUCGUAUCAAAAAUGCCAUUGGUGUAGCUCGUGCUGUUUUACGGUAUUCAACACAUUCUCUAUUAGUCGGCGAAAGCGCCACUAAAUUCGCCAUUGACAUGGGCUUCAAAGAAGAAGACCUUCAUAGUAAUGCAUCAAUUGAAGCAUGGAAUAAGUGGAAAAGUUCAAAUUGUCAACCGAACUAUCGACGUAAUGUACAACCAGAUCCAACUACAAGUUGUGGACCGUAUACACCUAAAUUUGAAGCUGGAAAAAUCUACACUUAUACUGAUGAAGAAAUUCCAUCACAUCGUCCAUUACCAGACGGAGAGCAUGAUACCAUUGGUAUGCUUGCUGUAGAUCCCAAUGGUAAUAUGGCAGCAGGUGCUUCAACAAAUGGUCUUCAAUUUAAAAUUCCAGGUCGUGUUGCUGAUUCAGCAUUGAUCGGCAGUGGUGCUUAUGUUGAUAAUGAAGUUGGUGGCGCAUGUGCUACAGGUGAUGGGGAUGUCAUGCAACGGUUUGUUCCUUCUUAUCAUGUUGUGCAAUUAAUGCGACAAGGUACUGCACCUGAUGAAGCAUGUUCAGAUGCCAUAGCACGUAUUGCUAAAUUCUAUCCAAAUUUUACCGGUGCUGUAUUAGCACUCGGUAAAGAUGGACGACAUGGCGCAGCUUGCCAUGGUAUGAACUCAUUUCCAUACUCUGUGAUGCAGCAAGGCUGGAAAGAUCCACAAAUCGUACAAAUUCCUUGUCUUAAACUAUGA